AUGCGGAGCUCAAUGCAGGACUUCAGGUACACCGCCACCUGCCUGCUGCUGCUCCUCUCCGGCGUGGAACCGCGGCCGCACGGGUGGGCCGAGAACAGGCGUCAACUCGAAACAAUCCAAAGGGGCAUCCUGGACCGGCUGGGGCUGCAGGAGCCCCCCAUGCUCCGGCAGAGGCUGGACCAGGACGGGAUGAGGAGAGCACGCCAGCUCUACAGAGAGAAACUCAGCCAGAUGAGGGGGACGGCAGCCCCGCCCAGGACGCUUCACCUCCUGACUCCAAAGCUGGAGCGCCGGACGGAAGCCGCUGCUGGCAGCUCCUGCUACAAUCUCGUGGUGUCCCGGACCGAGGCCUUCCACCAGGAGCUCAGCGUGAUGAGGGCUGAGCUGAGACUCUUCGAGAAAUCUUUCAGCACUCAGGCUGUCUCCAGACUCAAUGCCUCCUGGCCGUCUCGAGUAGAGCUCUACCAGCUGCCGGAACCUGGGCAGCGCAACGGGCACCCCAAACUCCUGCAUUCCUACGUCCUCGAUGCCACGACCCUGAGCCUCGACCUGGGGGCCGCUGUCCGGCAUUGGGCAGCGAGCGCGGAGCAAAGGCUCCAUCUGCAGCUGGUAUUUGCUGCAGACAUUUCUGCCUUUCUGGCCACCAACCGAACCAGCCAGGGGGCUGAGACGCUGAACCUAGAGGUGGAAACCCAGGAGCACCUGGGCUCCAGGCCGAGGAAAGCCAGGGCGCUAGAGGAGGAAUGCAGAAAGAGUGAUGGGAAAUGUUGCCUCAAGUCCCUCAAAGUGUCUUUCCAAGACAUCGGCUGGUCCGACUGGGUGAUCGCCCCGAACAGCUACUACAUGAAGUUCUGUGACGGGUCUUGCCCUCACAACUACAAGCCGGCCAGCAUGCACGCCCAGAUCAAAGCCCGAAUGCACACCCUGUCCAAAGAGACGCCUGCCCCCUGCUGCGUGCCCGCUGGCUACGACCCCAUGGUGCUCAUGCACUACAACAGCGACGGGAGACUCGUCUCCACGCUCUUCGAAGACAUGAUCGUCACCAAGUGUCACUGUGCCUGA